AUGUCGACCGCCGGCGACGUGGAGGUGGAAGUGCACGAGGAAGACCGGGAAGGCGGCGGCAGUAACCCGGGGAGGUGCGCGGCGUGCAAGUACCUGCGCCGGCGGUGCGCCCACGACUGCGUGCUCGCCCCCUACUUCCCGGCGUGGCAGCCCCACCGCUACGCCUCCGUCCACCGGGUCUUCGGCGCCAGCAACGUCGCCAGGUUGCUUCAGAGCUUGCCGGUCGGUGAGAGAGCUCAGGCGGCGGAGGCGAUGGCGAUGGAGGCGCAGUGGCGGGUGGAGGACCCGGUGUACGGAUGCGCCGGGAUCAUCAGCCGGCUGCAGGAGGAGAUUCCGGCCACGCAGUGCGAGCUCGCCAGGACGCGGGCGCAGCUCGCCAUCGUCCCCGCGCACGGUGCGCAGCUGCAGGGUUCCACGGCUGCUCUUCCGCCACAGCGAGACGACGGCCACCGCGUCCCCGUCACGCAGAUGCAAGGCCAAGGGCAGGGAGAGGCAGACGACGGCCACCGCGUCGCCGUCACGCAGAUGCAGGGGAAGGAAGAGGGGGUGCCGUUGCUUGACCCGGACGACGGCCAGCGCGUCCCCGUCGCGCAGAUGCAGGGGCAGGGGGGAGAGGCGGUGACGCUGCUUGACCCGGACGCGUUCCGGAACUCGACGGGCUCUGAGCUCUGA